CGGAGAGACGGAGCGGCUCGAGGGUGAACCAGCAGCGGGGAGACUGUGACUGACAGCGGCGGUGCAGACGAGCGGAGGUCCCUGCUCCACCGUGAAGAAGAAGAAAUAAUUCAAGGACUCUGUUUCCUCUUUUCCUAAAAGCAGUCAGGUGUCUGGACGGAUUGACAGAUUGCAUGCAGCAUAUUUUUAAAGCAACAUCCGUCUCCAGACCAGACCCUCGGCUCCGGCCCGACCCUCCACAACAAUGAGCUCCUCGCCCCGCGGCUCCCGGGCCUCCAUCGACAUCCUGGAGGAGCUCCAGCUGAUCGCCGCUCAGAACCUGGAGAAGCUGGACAUCAACAAAUACUACGAGGUCGUCUGUGAGCUCGGGAAGGGCACCUACGGGAAGGUGGACCUGGUCGUCCACAAAAUCAGAGGGACAAAGAUGGCUCUGAAGUUUCUGAGGAAGAAAACCACCAAACUGAAGAGCUUCCUGAGAGAGUACAGCAUCUCCCUCUACCUGUCGCCCUGCCCCUUCAUCAUCAACAUGUACGGCAUCGCCUUCGAAACAGAAGAGUACUACAUCUUCGCUCAGGAGUACGCUCUGGCAGGAGAUCUGUUUGACAUCAUCCCUCCACAGGUGGGACUACCUGAGCCGGUGGCCAAGCGCUGCGUCCACCAGGUGGCCAUCGCCCUGGACUACCUGCACUGUAAGAAGCUGGUCCACAGAGACAUCAAGCCCGAGAACAUCCUCAUUUUUGACAAAGAGUGCCGGAAGGUCAAGCUGUCUGACUUCGGCAUGACGCGGCGCGCCGGCUCUCCCGUGAAGCGCGUGAGCGGCACGAUCCCGUACACGGCGCCCGAGCUGUGCGACACCGUGCGGCACGAGGGCUUCUGCGUGGACUACAGCACGGACGUGUGGGCGUUCGGCGUGCUGCUCUUCUGCAUGCUGACGGGAAACUUCCCUUGGGAGAAGGCCAUGCCCAACGACGCCUUCUACGAGGAGUUUGUGCGCUGGCAGUGUCGCCGCACGGGCACCGUGCCGUCGCAGUGGCGCCGCUUCACCGACGAGGCCCUUCGAAUGUUUCGAAGGCUCCUCUCCAUCGAGCAGGGGCGCCGCUGCUCCGUCAAGGAGGUCUUCAACUACUUCAACCUGUGCUGGAUGUUGGACACGGAGAACGGGAACAACAACAGCGGCGGCAGCUUGGCAAGCAGUGCGCCUCCUCUGGACAUCAGCUCGUCUUCAUCCGAAGAGGACGUGUUGGUGGACAGACUGAAGCAGCAGAGGUUGUCGCCCGCUUUCGCGGUGGCGAAGGGGAGCAUCAUGAUGGACACCCACUACUCCUCCAUGUCCACGAACAGCUCGCCGUCCUCCACCGGCAGUUACGAGAGGGUCAACAGAGAUAACAACGAAAGAGGACGCAUCUUGGUGGCAACGCCCUUCGAGAUCUGCGUGUAGGGGGCUUCUAGUGGUGCGGUUCAGGCUGCCUGCACACACGUGAGCUGAGGAGGAAGAUUUCUCCGAUGAUGAUGAUGAGGAGAGUGUAGUUAUUGGUGCUUAGCGUCGGGAUCAACAGCCUGACAUACGUUGUAGCUUCACUGCGGAUUUACUCAUUUCUGAUGAAGACGAGCUCUGAGGAAAUGAGCAGCGAGACGACCACAAGCCUCUUGUUUGUGGUUUAUUUAUCAGAUACUGAAAUGAACUCACUGGACAACAUGUAAAGAAACAUAAAGCUGAAGAAAGAAAACAUUCAUAAUCCACAAGCAAUAUGUUCAAAUGUUUGGAAUAGUCCACUAAAUGCAAAAAUAAUGUGUGAAGAAAAGAUAUGAUCAACUUUCGAGAGGACUUGUUGAUGUUACUAUUGUGUGUUUGUUUGGUAGAUGUGUUCCUGUAAAGUGUGUGGUGGUUUUUUUUUGGAGUUAAAUUAUUUAUUUAUAUCAGAUGCAUAUAUUUAUGAUUUGUUUUUACCAGAGAAUUUAGAAUUUCUGUAGAAGCAGGCGGCUUUCACAAACCCACAUUUUCCUUUGAAUAUUUGUCAUGUUGUCGUGAUCUCCCAUAAAAAAAUAAGUAAACCGACUGUUCUUUCUCACCCAAAAUGUCCUUUUUCAUGUCUGCCUGCGAUGCCUAAACCAACUGUGCGGUAGCAACCACUAAUGUGAGCGGCUGAGAACGCACCUCGCAGUGUUAAUCGGUAUAUUAUUACUUUUCUAGCCUUCUAGAAAAUGUCUGCAGCCAAUUUGCUUUUAAGGUAAAAAAAAAAAACCCGUAUGUAAUUAUCUAUUUGGUAACAUGACAAGUGGGAGGAGCAAAUACUGAAGUGUCUUGAAUAACCUUAGUUUUUCAAUAUGCAUGGUUGAUAAAGAAAAUAGAAAUUGUACCUUUCAUGGAAAUGAUGAAUUUGUCUUUUUCUGAAAAAUAGGCAAGAUCAGGGAAAUAUAGUUAAAACUGGAAAACAAUAUAAAAGUAUUUGGGGAAACCCUCAACUUUUUGGUGAUUGAGUUAAACCCGGAAAAGAUGAACAAAUGUUUGAAAUAUUUCAAAGCACUUGGGGAUAGAAAUGUUACGGAAAUGUUCUUUGUGUUUUUUUAAAAGUAUUGUAUGACGUGAUUAUUACUGUGGUGAACAUUUGUUGAAAUAAACACCCCGAAAAUUAAAA